GGCGGGGUGCCGUGCCCAGUUCUGCCGCGCGCGUUGCAGCACAGGUGGGCCGCGGAUCCCCACGCGAGAGCCGGCGGCGCAGGAGACUAGAUGGCUGAUUCUGACCCUGGAGAAAGAAACUAUGACAACAUGCUGAAAAUGCUGUCAGACCUGAAUAAAGACUUGGAAAAGCUACUGGAAGAGAUGGAGAAAAUCUCAGUGCAAGCCACGUGGAUGGCCUACGACAUGGUGGUGAUACGCACCAACCCUGGGCUGGCAGAGUCCAUGCGCCGGCUGGAGGACGCGUUCCUCAACUGCAAGGAGGAGAUGGAGAAGAACUGGCAAGAGCUGCUCAAUGAGACCAAGCGCAAACAGUAGGCCCCCUGCCCACCCACGGCCACCAUGCUGCCGUCUGCUGACGUGGAGAAGGCCCUGCGGCACGGAGCCUUCUCUGCUGGCAGAGCAACAGCGACCGGAAUAUAGAGCUAUAUG